CUCCAUUGAACUCAUUGUAAGCAACUUUGUCUCCUUGAAAUUUAGGCACUAAUGGAGAUGGUCUAACAGAUGGUCUAAAAGAGCAGCAACUUCGUCAGACAAGGAAGAACUCCUCAUUGAUUUAUAGGAAAAAAGUUGCCAUCAUACAAAUCAAUUUAUAUAUAUAUAUAUAUCCUAUUUAUCCAAUUAUCUCAAAAAAGAAGCUAGCAAACAAAAGCAAUAACAUUAAUACGCAAAUUUAAAUACUACGUUGACAUCAGCAGUUAACAUUAUGAGUUACUUUUUGUGGGUUUAAUAUUAUGAGUUACUUUUUGCAUCCACAGACUCAAACUUUAAUACGCAAACGACUCAAAGAAAUUUUCUAUAUAAACGAGUUAUAUACUACGGUAUUCAAGAACAUCAACCGCAAGAGAAAAAAAAAACAGUUCUUUAGAAGUCUUAUUACGACAAUGUCUUUUCUUGGUCAUUUACAAGUUCUUGUUUUUCUUUAUGCUCUGCUUCUUUUCUCAGCAGAAUCUCGCAAAACCCAACUAUUUGAUACAGAAUCUAGCGCUGAUGAUGGUGCUGAACACGAAAACUACGGGGAUAAGGUCGAUGCGCGAGAUAUCCCUCUGUUAUAUCUCGAGACGAAGAUUCAAAACGCUCCUGUGGGGUCACCUCAAAGACAAGAAGCUCAGAAGAAUCUGCUUGAGGAAAUAAAUCACAGGAAACAAAUCGAUCAGAACAUUAUAGAGAUUCUUAGACUUUCACUCAAAAAAACCGAUGUCUUAGAUCUCUUAACUUCCACAAGAACAACAGGACAACCUGUUGUAGAUGAUUGGGACUGCUACAAGACUCUGGUUAAAAGUUUCAAGAAUCAAUGUGGAGCAAAGAUGGAAUACGAUAUGAAGUAUGCAGGAGCACUUGCCAAUAUCUGCAAUAUGGGAGUGGAUGUGAAGAAAAGUGUUGCAGCUAUUGAAGAAGCUUGUGCCCAUUAAAUUAUAUGCAAAAAAUAAUAUUGUGAUCGCCUUAUAAAUAUGAAAGUUAUUGCAUAACAUUUGAUUGUGUGGAGAUGGUUGAUGCCUAUUUUACUUGAUAACGCGAAAGUCUUGGUCUUAAAUUGGAUUCAUAGUAUAAUAACCUCGUACCAAUUCUAGUUUCAAGAAUUCACGCGAAAGUCUUGGUCUUAAAUUGGAGAAUGAGUAAGUGAUCGGAUAAGGCUCGGCGGCACUCGAGUCAACAUCUCGUAUUCACGUGUUAUGCUU